CAACCGCGCUCAAUGGGAGAGACGUCGUGUAAAAAAACGGAAGGGUAUUGUAGCGAAGCAGCUAGCCUCUCCAUGUGUGAGCUGCCACCUGGGACUAGAAGACUAACUGGAGCUGUUAUUUGGGUUUUUUUUAUCUCCGCCAAAUCGCGGACCACGCCACAUUAAACCGAAGCCCGGCGUAAAAGGACAUGGCGGCAUCCAGCCAGUGUGUGGUGAUCACUGACGAGGAGCAGGGCUAUGAUCUAGACCUGUUCUGCAUACCAAAGCACUAUGCAUGUGACUUAGAGAGGGUCUACAUCCCACAUGGACUCAUUCUGGACAGGACAGAAAGACUGGCCAGGGAGAUUAUGAAGGAAAUGGGAGGGCAUCACAUUGUUGCCCUCUGUGUGCUGAAAGGGGGCUACAAGUUCUUUGCAGACCUGCUCGACUACAUUAAGGCCCUGAACAGGAACAGCGACCGCUCCAUCCCCAUGACGGUGGAUUUCAUUCGCCUCAAGAGCUACUGUAAUGACCAAUCCACCGGUGAAAUCAAAGUCAUUGGAGGAGAUGACUUGUCUACUCUGACAGGCAAGAAUGUCCUAAUUGUUGAGGAUAUUAUUGACACAGGGAAGACGAUGAAGACAUUAUUGCAACUCCUGAAGCAGUACAAGCCCAAAAUGGUUAAGGUGGCAAGUUUAUUGGUGAAGAGGACGCCGAGAAGUGUUGGCUACCGGCCAGACUUUGUCGGAUUUGAGGUCCCUGACAAAUUUGUGGUGGGAUAUGCCCUAGACUACAACGAGUACUUUAGAGAUUUAAAUCAUAUCUGCGUCAUUAGCGAAACAGGCAAGGAGAAGUACAAAGCAUGAAGAGCACGUUUAGUACAUUGUGAUGUACUGUACAUUUUCUUUUAAAGAGCUCCACUUUAAAUUUGAGUGCUUCAUAAAGAAAGACUGCCUGCUCAGGGUAUCCAGUGAUGCACUGGUAUGAUGAUAACCUUGACGUCCAUUUUAGCCUCCCCAUAGCUGCAAGUUUCAAUUUUUGCUGCUCUUUCACUUUCUUCCUUAAGAUAUAACCACAUCUGAGAUAUGCAGCAUGAUGCACAGAUGUGCUUAACAUUCAUAUACUGUGUGCACAAUUAUUAGACAAGUGAAUGGUUGGCCUCUGUUAAUUAAUCAAGGCCUGUGUUUUUCAACGUCUCAAAUAUUUAAAUAUGUAGACUGUGCAGGAAGAAGAAAAGGUACCCACGCACAUGGCUUUUGGAUUGAAAAUGGGGCAGAAUUCAGGUCACGUCAGGUGCUAUUGAUGACCUAUCAAAAAAAGGACAUUGUUUUACACUGUAAUACUUAAUUCUAUUUUUUUUAUUUAAUCUAUUGGAAUUACUUAUUAUUUCAGCAACAGAAUGACAUCCCUGCAUCUUUCUUUAUUAUCUUACAGCUCUGUCAAUGUUGGUCUAAUCAUCACAUCAGGCAUUGUCAUGUCCAUAAGAAGUGGUCCAGCUAAAGGUGUGCGGUGGUUAUGAUGCGAGGCCUCAUAUGAGCUCAAGCUACUAAAGUUACAUUGAGCAACCACAGGCAUUCUGGCCUUGAUAAAUGCGACUUUCUCAACUACGUCAAGAUGUCUUUCUUGCUACGUUGCUUGUGAAUCCUACAAUCCAAACAUUUCCACUAUGUUAAUUAGUGACGACGAACAAGAAGCUGUGAUUUCAGCUUAAGUGAAAGUUGAUUUUUAAGAAAUUGAGGAAAGACUGUCCUUCUACUUGGUCAAACUUGCUGUCCUUUUUGGCAAUACCCAAGAAUAAUGGCAAAACUUUUAUUUGCCUACUAAUUCUGCACACAUACUGAGGGAAGAUAUUCCACUCUGCUGUUAAAAUAAUUAAGUGUAAUACAUUUUGCUGCUUCUGUGCACCGACAUUCAUUUGUAGCACAGCACAAUAUCACAAUACAUGUGUGUCAACUGUAAGAUUUCAUUAGAUAACAAUAUGUUUGUUUUUAUGAUUUACUUGAAACUGUUGCAUAAUGUUUUGUGCCAAGGUUGCAAGAUGUGUCCUAUAUGUAUAUUGUGGGACAAAACACUUUUGUACGCUCUGUCCUGAAAAUGCAAGUAUCUCACUUGUAGGGGGGAAGUGUUUGAUUUUUUUUUUUUUUUAAUCAGAGCUGUUGUCAAUUAAGUUAUGCUGUGCAUCAAUAGCAGACAAUCAGAGUCUAAAAAUACAAACAAUGGACAAUGUUUUCAGCUUGACCUUAUGUUUUUCUAAAGCUCUCUCCAACAGUGGAUCCAUCAUUACACACUUUUUAUGCUCUGCUGCUCAAUAAAUAUUCACACCCUCACUUGUGUGUUGGUAAACAUU